UAUUCUCCACAAACCAUAGAACGUGCUCUGGAAUCACUCGAGACAGACUUUUGUGCACUUGUUCAUCUCGCCAGUCAGUAUGGAGUCGCGUUCGUUGAGUCUCUAGACAUGAACAUCUUCCCCGUUCACUUUCAACAGCUUCAUGUCCGGAUGAAUGACCCGAGCGACCCAGGCAUAUUGCCUUCCAGCUCAAGUAUUAACCGGCUUAUCCAUUUCAGAACAGAUCAUUUGUGGCCUCUUGAUUGGCUGACCCAAGUUGUGGAGUCUAAUUUGGACAGACCACUUCCCAUUCUUUACUCUGAUCUUCAUCUAGACCGCAGAAGAGUAUUGUUGGUCAAAAGAGGUGAGAGCGGUGAUCCCAUAUGA